UAAAAGAUUAAGGCAAAAUUACAUAUGAGAGAAUUAUGUGAGUUAUACAUGUCCGAGACUCAGAAACUGAGACAAGAAAUAAGAAGAACCCAAGAAAUGAAAGCCCGAGUUCACAGACAUGAAGUAAAAUGAUUUUCCUAUCAUACACGAGAAGAAGGGAAGAAAACAUUAAGUAAAAUAGACAGCUAUAGACAGUAAAAGAGGCCUUAUAUCUUCAUGCUGCAAUUAUCUGAGUGGUUGAGACUAAUUUAGGUUUGUUAGGAUCACCUGCAAUUGUGCUAAUUAUUUGGGCCACCUGUGUGUGAUGUACCUUGGGCAAAUCAAGAUGCAAUGUUUGAGCUUAGCUCUUCUGACUAUUUUCCUCCUUUCCUGUUGUGGUAGAUCCCACAAAGAAGACCCCACUCUUCAGCGUAAGCGGGAAAUGCUGCUAAAAGCUGAAUAUUGGAGGGUAAAGUCACUGAAAGAACCUUGCUUGUUGGGUAGAGACGCAAAGCCUGGAAUCACUCCCCAAAACCAUCCUUAUGGAGCCUACUCUAUGCAACACAGCUACACUUCUGGAAAAAUUAAAUUAAGUUGCAAGGUCCAUGGAUCAGAAUCAUGUGAUGUGGACACUUUCAAAAGAAAAAAGGAAGACCUCAGACAGAGUGUAGGUGCAAUAAAUAAAUUACAAAAUAGCACUGCCUGGAAUACAAGGCAUCAAUAUAGGAACAAUACCUUGCAAAAUAGAAGUAUUGCCAAAAAAAAUAGCAAACAUAAGACAAGCACUAGGAGAGCAAUCAAAGUAUUAUCUCAAGCAACAAGAAGGGGAAGACACCCUCGAGAUGCUGAGUUUAAUGGCUCAAAAUGGAUGUUGACUAAUUUCUCUAUACCGGUCAUACCUCAAAAGGGGUCCAUUGAGGGCUCCCUAUAUUUUUCUGGUGUACGUAGUCAGAUGGUGUUAAGUCCAGAUGCAGAGCUGCGAAUCCCUCGUGAAUGGUUCACUGUGGAAGUGUGGGUGAAACCUGACGGAGGACAAAACAAUCCGGCAGUCAUAUCAAGUAUGUUUGACAAUUGCUCACACGUUAUAAGCGACCGUGGAUGGUCUCUUGGAAUACGUCUAGCAGAUGGUAAUGCAAAGAAAGGUGCACGCUUCUACUUUUCCCUACGCACUGACCGUGCUCACAAUGCUACCAUCGUGAUGUCUCCACAUCGAUACAAACCAAAUAUGUGGACCCACGUAGCUGCCAGCUAUGAUGGUCAUACCAUUUUACUCUAUAUAAAUGGUAUUCAGGUUUCAAAGGUACAUGGCCAAAUGGGUUCUCUCCACAGCCCCUUCAUCUCUUCAUGCAGAUGUCUCAUGCUUGGAGGUGAUAACUCAGAAAAUGGUAAUUUUUUUCGUGGCCAUCUCUCCUCCUUUCAUCUUUGGCCAGAACCUAGAAGUCAGAAUCAGUUAAGAGCAGAAGCUCUAAGUAAGAUUUCAUACAGAGAGUGGGAAAAAGGACCAUUAAAUUCCAUUCUGCCAGAAAAUAUUUGGGCUCCUUAUAAAGAUGGGGGACUUACAGAAGUUAGAAAAGAUGUUAUACCAGAAAUGGACCUAAUGUCUCCCUUCCUACUUCCUCCUUGUGGGAGGACCUCUUGUGAUUUGCCUGAUGUCUCUUCUGGCUAUAGCCGACCUGGGAUAAAAUGGGAAAGAGAGGUGCAUUAUCGUGUUGUUAAUAUAUUUGAAAAUGAUGGCUCCAGGCCACUUGUUAGUACUGAACAAAUCUCCAGGCAACAUCAAGCCCUGACAGAGGCAUACAGUGCUCAUGGCAUUCACUGGAAACUGAAUGUGCACCAGAUACAUAAUUCUACGUUGCGGAAUCGAGUUGUGCUACCAGGGUGUGAACCAGGAAGGGUAGGGAAUGAUUUGUGUGACCCUGAGUGUAGACACCCACUUACUGGUUAUGAUGGGGGAGACUGUAAAAGCUUUAGACCCUGUAGCCCCCGAAAGAAGGGUGAUGGUGUAUGUCAUUUGGAGUGCAAUACAGCCAGAGAUGAUUAUGAUGAUGGAGACUGUUGUCCACAAGAAGCUGGUGCAAGUUCAAAGACUUGUUUUGAUCCUGAGGCAAAGGGAAGAGCGUAUAUGAGUGUGAAAGAGCUGAGAGAUGCUUUACAACUGAACGGCACUGUUUUCCUGAAUGUCUAUUUUGCUGGCUCUGCAGGGGAGGAGCUAGCUGGAGCCGCUACAUGGCCUUGGGACAAAGAGGCGCUUACCCACCAAGGUGGAAUUCUUCUGAACCCUGCUUAUUAUGGAAUGCCUGGUCAUACCAACACCAUGAUUCAUGAGGUGGGGCAUGCCUUGGGUCUUUAUCAUGUAUUUAAAGGUGUAAGUGAGCGGGAGUCAUGUGAUGACCCCUGCAGUGAGAUAGAACCUUCCAUGGAGACAGGAGAUCUGUGUGCGGACACUGCACCAACACCCAAAAACAAGCUCUGCAGAGACCCAGACCCAAUGAAUGACACAUGUGGGACGAUGUCUUACACUGGAACCCCCUACAACAAUUACAUGAGCUACACAGAUGAUGAUUGUGCUAACAGCUUCACCCCAAAUCAAGUGGCCCGAAUGCACUGUUACCUUGAUCUGAAAUAUCAAGGAUGGGCUCGAAGUCUGAAGCCAUCAACUAUUCCACUCCCACCUUUAAUAACUCAACAAACCAUGGAUUCUCUCACCAUACACUGGUUGCCUCCGUUAAGUGGAGAACUGUAUGAAAGGGAACCAGGAUCUGUUUGUGGUUCUUGUGCUGCAGAUGGAUCAUUUCUCCAGUAUGCGUAUCAGGCAUCCUCCAACCGUCUUUGUGGUUAUUCUGGAUACUGGGCUCCUGAAGAAGCAGUGGGACCUCCUGAUGUGGAUCGACCUUGUGAACCCAGUCUACAAGCCUGGAGUCCUGAACUCCACCUGUUCCAUACCAACGUGAUUGUUCCAUGCCCUGAAACUGAAGGGUGCAUGCUGCAGCUCAAUUUCCAAAAGCCAGUUUUGCCACAGUCUAUCAUUAUAUGGAUAACAUUCCUCUCCCACAAUUUAUCCAAUUCACUAUCAGACAUAGAGGUUUUGCUGGAGCAUGGGGAGACAAUUCACUUGGGACCUAUGGAGGUAUUCUGUGACAUGCCCUUAACCGUCAGGUUAACUACUGAGCACAAGGUUUCUGGAAUUCGCAUAUUUACUUUUGAUGAGCUAAUGGAGAUAGAUGCAGCUCUUCUGGUGUCAAUGCCACAUAGUCCACACUGCACAUCAUGCAAGCCUGUGAGAUACAGGGUGUACAGGGACCCGCCUUUCUCAAAAGAGUGUCAUGGAAAAUGGACUCAGAACCAUCGUUUCUUUACAGACAGAGAUGUCACGCCAGGGCAGACAUACCAGUAUCAGGUGCAAGUGGCUGCUGGGGUUUUCAUGGGAGAACCAUCCCCCCCUCUGAUCCAUGUUCACGGAGCACCAUUUUGCGGAGAUGGAAAGGUUAAUAAGGAGCGUGUAGAGGAGUGUGAUGAUGGAGCGCUGCAUGAUGGUGAUGGCUGUUCCCAAAAAUGUUUACGGGAGCCAAACUACAUUUGCCAUGGGGAGCCUAGUCUGUGCUAUUUACAGAAUGAAGACUAUACCACUGAAUCUCGUGACAACAGCAUGGAACUAUCAGCCAACUAUGCUGCUCAACCAUUAAAAGGAUACAUUGAGCAAUGGGCUUCCAAAGCUUUUGCUUCCCACCAAGAUGCCAACAAAUGCCCGGUUUCUGCAGUAACUCAAGAGCCAGCCAGGAAGAGCUGUUACCCUUUUGUUUUACCAUCUUUCAUCAACAAUCUAUUGGCGUGGUUUCCCUGUGCAGGGAUAGGAAGCCUACCUCAGGAAGAACACGUAUGGCUCAAGGUGAGCUUUGACAAACCAAGUCUAGCGGAUUCAUUCCUUGUCUACCUGGCAGCUGAUGGAGCCAUUCUUGGUAGUUCGCAGAAAUCGAUGGUUACGGCUCAUCUGACAGACAUCAAGGGACAAAACCACACGCUUGGAACCCACAUCCUUUCUUGCCAAAAGAACCCUCUAGUUCUAAACGGUUUAAAUGGCCCUGAGGGCCCUAUGCACAUUGCUGUGUCACUCACACUUCUUUUCUCUACCACAUUGGUGGGAAUUUCUGGUAUAGCAAUGAGGGUCCCUGCCUCUGGCGGCCAUUCAUGCACAGGGAUCAACUGGCUAAAAGCAGGACACCGAUGCAGCUCGUGUCCCCCUUUAAAUAUCCCUCAUGGCUCGGCUCACUGCUCUUUAGAUGUGGAUGGAGACACUCGGUGCUCAGUCAUGUGCGAUGAAGGAUAUGCUGUACUUGCUGCCAGCAAGAGGGGAUCUAGUUUCAUGCAGAGUGCAGUCUUAAAAUGCUCUGCUGGGCACUGGAACCAAUCUGUGACGUGUGAACUUGUCGAUUGCGGUCAGCCCCUUCCAUCGCUUGUGUUCCAUGCCAGCUUUUCAUGUCCGGAAGGGACAGAGCUAGGGAAAAGCUGCUCCAUUCAAUGCCUUCCUCCUGCAAAAUUUCAAGGAAUGAAUGAAAUGGUGACUUGUUUGUGGGAUGGUCUGUGGUCACUUCCGGAGGGAUACUGCAAGUUAGAAUGCGACGCACCUACUGGCAUUACACAUGCAAAACUACUCACUCCCCGGUGUCUUCUGGGUAACCAUGAUGUGGGAUCUGUCUGCAGAUACAGAUGUAAACCUGGCUACUAUGUGGCAGAAACCAGUGAGCGAAGAACAAGGAGAAAGUUCCUGAAAAUACAGUGUCUGCAGACUGGUCUUUGGGCUAUGAGUCGCUGUGUUCCUGUAAUGUGCAGUCCUCUACCACCUAUCCUGCAUGGGAUGUACAACUGCACCCGAGGCCUGGAAGUGGACAGCAAAUGUACCCUGUACUGCGGAUCUCACACGGCAACCACAGUCUGCAGUAAGGAUGGUACCUGGACGGAAAAGCUAAGUCUCUGUCAGGGUCUACACGGGACCUGCAACCCACCCCCAGAAAUCAAUGGCAUACAUUAUACUUGUAAUGAUGGACACAACAUAGGCACUGUGUGUACACCGCUGUGCGUGUAUCCCCCCAGCGAUCCAGUAGUUCUGGCUGAGAACAUUACCGCAGAAACCAUGGAACACUGGAUGAUCCCAACCAAAGUGCAGGGUAUCGUGUGCACAGGGACCCUAAAGUGGCACCCAGAUCCAAGAACCCUCCAUUGCAUCCUUUCUUGUGAGCCUUUUCUAGCAGAUGGCUGGUGUGACACCAUUAAUAACCGAGCCUAUUGUCAGUAUGAUGGAGGAGAUUGCUGUGCUUCUACCCUGUCCUCUCAUAAGGGUCAGGUAGUACCAUUUGCCUCUGAGUGUGAAGACGAUGAAUGCACAUGUCGUGACCCAGAUGCAGAGGAGAACAGGCCUCAACGAAGAGAUCUGCACUGACUUCCACCUGCAGAGGAGAGUAUUUCUUAACAACCUCCUGGGAAACAUGUAUGAACGUGAUGACGCACACAUGUCUGGCAGCCUUGCUGCAGCCAAUUGCAAAGGGAGGUCUUUGGGAAUUUUACCUAUGAAACAGAACUAUGAACUAAGUAACAUGGAUUGAACACCACUUUAAAUCAUGAAAAUGGAAACAUGAAAAAAGUGCUCUGGGGCCUACCUCGGACAGUGACGGAAUACUGUAUAUCAGAUUUAUACACCCAAGCUUAAGUGAAAUGUUGAUAAUGUCACGUUAUCAUUGUCUCUUGGUAACCAAAUGGAAUUGAGAUUCCAAAGCACCUUUAUUGUUUGUAUUGUAGAUGUAUUCAGUGCUCCAAUACAAUACAAAAUAAGGUACCGUAUUCAAAUACAGGGUUUAUGCUGUAUGUCACUCAUCGUCUGUCCUGCCAAAAUGCAUGAUCACAGUGUUGUGAGUGUAAUGGGAUUGUAUAGAAUUAGCACCUUGUCUGUAUCAACCCGAUUCAAUGUAUUUUAUAAGAUUAUAAUAUAUUAAUAAAUACCAGGGAUAAAGGUAA